AUGGGAAUCCCAAACUUCUACAGCCAGCUGAGACACUUCUCAAGGUCUCUUCGUCUCCGCUCUCUCAUUUCCACUUCUCUUCCCAAAGCCCUCGCACCUUUUCCUUCAAUUUUCCCCGAUUCCGAUCAGUUUCAGCGCACGAAAACCAAGCAAAAUCCGAUAAAGUCCUUCUCUUCCUCGGCAUCUCAAGUCUCGCAUCUUCUCCUAACUCCACGCCGUGUUUAUGGCGACCCAAACGUUUCGAUGAACCCGUAUGGAGGCUUCCGAUCGUUUUCAGCUUCGUCUCCGAAUGCUUUGAGUUCAAUAAUGUGGAAUUCCAUUCGUAAAAGAAAAGGAGCGAAACCGUUUCGGGUGGAAUUUUCCGAAGUUGUUGAUAUGAUCCGGAGGAAUGAGAUAAGUUUGGAGUGCGAAUUGAAUCUCAGCGAGGUAUGGCUUACUGUUGCCUACAUUAAUCGAAUUUUUGAGGCGUUGAAUUCCGAAAAAGUGUCGGCUUUGCGAUUUUUUAAUUGGGUUAGGGUUUCGAAACCCGGUCUGCGUCGAAAUUCCGAUAUUUGCAGUUUGAUGAUUGAUAAUCUUGGGCGGUUGAAUGAUUAUGAAUCAAUGACUUGCAUUUUGAAUGAAUUUAGGGAAGAACAGAUUUGCCUGACCAAAAAUGCGUUUCGGUUCUUACCUGAUUUGAUGUUGAACAAGGAUUCGCUUAUGAAUUCUGUGACUGAAGCUGUGAAAAUUUUGAAGGGUGUUGGUGGGUCAUGUGGAGCUACUGGUGUUCGUUCUUUGAUUGAGUUGUUUAGCAGCUUAGGUUUAUUAGAAAUGGCCAGGUUUGUGAUGCAGUUAACAGAGAAGAACACGUCUUAUUACAACAUCAUGAUACGGGAAAAGUGUCGCAAACACGAUCUCGAAGGCGCGAGGGGUUUGCUCAACGAAAUGAGGCAAGCGGGUUGUGAACCAAACAGCACAAGUUACAAUUUGGUGCUCAGUAUCUUAUAUAAGAUUGGAGAAAGUGCUGAGGUGUUGCUUAAAGAAAUGAAAGACAUGGGUUGUUCUCCGGACGAAACAACAUUUGAGAUACUUGUUCUUCAGUCGUGUAAACAUGGGCACUUUGAUUUUGCACUAGGGAUUGUGGAUGAAAUGCUGUCAUUCGGCCUUGAACCUCGGCUUACUACUCAUGUUGCCAUUGUCAAGGGCUACUUUGCUUCACAGAGAUAUGAGGAGGCGCAUAAGUAUGUGGUUGAUUCAAGUCUUAAGCAUAGGCAAUCAAGCAAUGUACUUUAUAGCUUGCUCGCAGGACUUUAUCUAAAAAAGGAUGAUACGGUCAAUGCCCUGAAUAUUAUAUCAGAGAUGAUUGAAAAGGGUCUUAGACCACAUUUUCGAGUGUAUAAUGAACUUUUAGGAUGUCUCCAAAGAUCGGAUGGGACUGAUUUGGCUAGAGAUUUGGAGAUCAAGUUCUCUAGGCUGUGUUCGCAGACAACUACAGAAACUGGUGAUUUAUCAUUCGUAGUUCCGGAAUAA